AUGGAAGGAGGAAGCGAUGUUGUUGUGGAAGAUCCCCGGCUUCCGACCCGAUUGCUUAAAACAGAUCACUUCCCGAACCGUCGGUUGAACUGCUAUUCGAAGGCAGAUACGAUUGCUUUUGUGAAAUACACGCUGAGAGAUAGGCCGGAGUUGUUUCAGAGAAUUCGAAACUCCCGCUUUGGAAAGCUUUGGGAUUUUCCCGCCCUUUCCGAGUUUGCAAGCGUUAUUGGUCUUCAUUGCGGCGAGUUCCCGGAAGAUUAUGACCCGGACUGGUAUCUACCUGUUUCGAAGGGGCCUGACAGGUGGUGGCGGGAGUAUAUAGGAAAUGACUCCCGAACGACAAUUGCCGAUAUUUCUGUCACUCUGAAAACUGAGACGGAUAUGGAUGAUGAUCGGAAGCUGAGACUGUGUCUCAUUCUCCGUGUGGAUGGGGUCCUUUGCGUGAGCAGCCAGGUACACAAGCCAACGCCGAAGUACGUCUCAAUGCUGUCUGAUAUAGACGCUUUUUUAGAGUUCCCGUGGGGGAGGGAGUCGUUCCUCAAAACGAUCGCAACAAUGCGUCCAAACAAACAGAUGGCGGUGAAAGACGAAGACCCUGUUCGCACGCUAGUUAAGAACUUGGGACAACCUUCGUUUAGACUGCUUGGCUUCCCUCUGGCUUUUCAACUCCUUGCGUUUGAGGCCAUACCAUCUCUCCUACGCUAUUUACCAACAACAUCGGAUGAUGACAUCCUCCUGAAUUUGCCGGACGAGAAUUUCCCCGAUAAUCCGUCCCUCACGCAUUUAGAUGUCGUAAACGCAGAGAACCAUCCAGAGCCCUUCAUUCCUGUGGAUCCGCCAGCUGGGUACAUUGGUUGGGGUGAAUGGGCUGAGCAAGAAGUAUACGUGCCACCGAGAGUUGCUCACAAAAAACACAUCAGAAACCGCAAGAAGCGUCCGCUGAAGGCAAAAGCAUCUGGAAGUGGUACAAGGAAAUCCGCUCGAGGUAAAGAGAAGGUGAAAAUCCUCAAGGAGCAACAAGCGGCCGAGCGUACAACGAGAUUGGAGCGCACUCGGUUAAUACAGAAGUCGGCCCUUUAUAGGAAGGUGUCCACGCAGAGAAGAACACGCAGGAACCAAACGCAAAGGAGACCGGACCCUUCACGCGCGGGUUCGGAGAAAAUUCCCAGCGAUAGUAUUAUCAGCCUUAAGGAUGGUGAAAGGCCUGCGGAGGAUUGGAUGGACACCGGUUAUGAUGGGAAGACAGAGGUUGGGUCAUCUAAUGAGCAGGCGUGUUUGUUUAUAGGCGCUGGAGAUGCAAUGCAGCAGUCGCAGUUUUCGCCAUCAUUAAAUCAACAUGGGGGUUUAAGAGGAGAAGCAUCUACUUCGAGGGGGCAGCUAUUUGGUCAAUCGACAGCUUUGGAAAAGGAGGAACAAGCUAAGGCCGGAGAGGAGAAAAGAGUGAAACGUGGAGAUGGUGAAAUGGUAGUGCACGAACAACCUAACAAAGAGAAGUAG